CAAAAUGGUUUGAUAUUACGUUGUAAAGGUGUGGUGUUUUGUGACGCUCUUGUGUCACAGAUUUACAUAAUCUUUCAUCUUGAUUGUUGACUCUACGCGUCGCAGAUCGUGCUUUGACGCGCAACGUGGAUUUGCGUCAUUUUAAAGAUUUCGUUUCCGAAGAGCUUUGUGUCACAUUCCAUCGUCGUGGCGACACAAUUAGCAAUUGCGUGUGGAGCAUCACGCAAAUAACAGUAUGGGUGUGUAGGACCGAACAUUUCCUCCAACCCCGACCGUAAUAUUUCUGGAAGCAAAAAGCAUCCUCAACCCGCUGUGGGUCUGCUGUAGCUAGGGGCCAUCAAUGAGAUUCUUCAGGCUUACCUUCAAGUGCUUCGUCGACGGCUUUUGAGUCUCCUCCAGCCUGCGGACACAACCCACCUGUUCCGAACACUUGCUUCUUAUAUUUUACCGCGAUUGCCUGAGCUCUCGUGUCACAUCAUAUCAGGAACUGCGGGCAUUUAUUUGAAGCGUUCCAAAAAACAAAGUGACAGCAGGCAUAAAAAAUAUACAAGGUGGAAGCUAACUGAAAAAUGGAAGCAGGAGACCUCUCUGAAGGAGACGGUGGGGCGUCUUUUAACCCCCUGAUGCCUGUGUUUGAAGUAAGCCCAGGCUGUGGUGAAGGUGAAAGAGUAGGACCAGUGCCAGUGGACAUGCAUAAAGUCGCUGCAGGUUCAGGGGAGAAAGAGAGAGAAACAUGGACCAGACAAAUGGACUUUAUCAUGUCCUGUGUGGGUUUUGCUGUAGGCUUGGGCAAUGUGUGGCGCUUUCCUUACCUUUGCUACAAGAACGGAGGAGGUGUGUUCCUUAUCCCCUACUUGCUGGUAGUGUUCAUUGGGGGCAUCCCUGUCUUCUUCCUGGAAAUUGCCUUGGGACAAUUCAUGAAGCAGGGAGGGCUUGCCGCCUGGAACAUUGCGCCUCUUUUCCAAGGUUUGGGCUUGGCCUCAAUGGUAAUAGUGUUCUUCUGCAACACUUACUACAUCAUGGUUCUCGUGUGGGGUCUCUACUUUCUCUACCACUCUUUCACCACCACUCUUCCGUGGGCUACCUGCGGAAACUCUUGGAACACCCCUAAAUGUACACUCAACUUCAGUCGAAUCUGCAUCAACGACAGCGCUGCCUCAUUAAACGUGUUGUCAAACAUGUCAUCCAUUAACAAAGACUGCAUGACGAGAGAAAUGCGCUCCCCAGUCAUCGAGUUUUGGGAGCAUAAAGUUCUCCAUUUGUCAAGUGGGCUUCAUGAGCCUGGUAAAGUCAACUAUGAGGUAGCACUGUGCCUCAUUUUCACCUGGAUCAUUGUUUACUUCUGCAUAUGGAAAGGGGUCAAAACCACAGGGAAGGUCGUAUAUUUUACAGCUCUGUUUCCAUAUGUGGUUCUGUCUAUUCUUUUGGUACAUGGUGUCACCCUUCCAGGAGCAAUAAAUGGAAUAGAGUACUACCUGAAACCAGACUGGUCCAAACUAAAAGAAGCACAGGUGUGGGUGGACGCUGCUACCCAGAUUUUCUUCUCCUAUGCCAUCGGAUUGGGUGCACUGACUGCACUGGGCAGCUACAACCGCUUCCAUUACAACUGUUACAAAGAUGCAUUUGUGCUGGCGGUCGUUAACAGUGGAACCAGCUUCUUUGCAGGAUUUGUUGUGUUCUCUGUGUUGGGCUUCAUGGCUUCAGAGCAAGGUGUGGACAUUAGUAAUGUAGCGGAAAGUGGACCUGGCCUUGCAUUCAUAGCCUAUCCCAAGGCUGUGACUUUGAUGCCUUUUGCACCAUUCUGGGCUGCACUCUUCUUUUUUAUGUUGCUGAUUUUGGGUUUGGACAGCCAGUUUGUUGGCGUAGAGGGUUUACUAACCGCACUCAUGGACAUGAUUCCUCAAGAAUUUUCCACACGAUACCUGCGGCGAGAGGUGGUAGCAGCCAUCUGCUGUGGCAUCUGCCUACUUAUUGAUGUAUCCAUGAUCACUGAGGGAGGGAUGUAUGUGUUCCAGCUGUUUGACUACUACUCUGCCAGUGGUAUCACUCUGCUCUGGCAGUCUUUCUGGGAGUGUGUGGUGAUUGGUUGGGUUUAUGGAGCGGACCGUUUCAUGGGUGAUGUAGCUCGCAUGAUUGGCUAUAAACCCCUGCCCUAUAUGAAGUGGUGCUGGUCCUACAUCACACCCCUUAUCUGCCUGGGAGUGUUUCUAUUCCAUGUGAUAAACUACACACCACUAACAUACAACAAUGUGUACACAUACCCAUUGUGGGGAGAAAUGUUUGGCUGGGCAUUGGCCCUUUCCUCAAUGCUGUGUAUCCCAUUCACUGCUAUCUACAAGCUGCUUCGCUCUCACGGAUCAUUGCGGGAGCGGUGGACGCGCCUCAUAUCCCCAAGAUGGGGCAGGCAUCACCUGGAGCUAUUUCUUGCCGAGAACGAGGCCGUACUGCUACCGACAGAAUGCGAGAGUGUUCAUCUCUCUGAAGGUGCAUCUGAAAGAGCUGAGCACCAAGCCCAUGCUGUCCUUUGAUACCAGUUACUCCCAAAUAAUGACCUACUAACAUCAUACUCUUUAUCACUUAAUAUUAUCUUAACUGUACACAUCAGUUCCAUUUUCAAAUGUGAAUAAAAAUUAAGAAAAAAAUACACUCGUACAAGACUUUAUGUUUUUUAUGUAUGCAAACCUCGCAACUCACUAGGUGAGAGUCGAUUUAAUGAAUAGUAGUUUAUUGCAGCACCAAGAGCAGUUUUUCCCCUUGCUAAAUAACAUGAUUACUUUAUUGUUUCAUAUGAGUAGCUGGUACGUACAAGCGAACAUUUAUGACAAGGACAAAUAUUUGAAGCUUACACUAACAAAUGUGUAUAUUGUGUCUUUAAUCAGCCAAGUGCAGGAGUUAUUUAAUAGAUCUUUUAUUUGAACGAGUUUGGUUUUGUCUUAUUGUGUAGUUAUAACUAUGUGUUUGGAAACUUGACACCAUACAUAAGCGACCCCUUGAGAAUGUUUCCAAUCAAAUCUAAUCUUUAUAAAAACCUGAGGGGUCCUCAAAGUGCUUUACAACAAAGCAAAAUACAGUUGCAGAUGUUACUUUUAGGACCUCGCCUAGGUCUACAACACACCAGUAGGCUAUGAUGUACAGUAGGCACUAGUUAGACUGUCAUGGAAAGCUUUCUGAGGAUAACUGCAUUUGGAUUCAGGGGUUAUUUUGGAUCAAAUCGGGGAAUGAGAAUAACGACAUAAGGUUAGCAAUUCAUUUGUGGAUUUUGGAAUUGUUAAUAGCUGUCAUUCCUACAAGGAGCCUGAAAGAAUGGCACAACUGACAGAUAGUUAUUGACAGCCAUUACUGAAAAUGAAUUGUAGUGAGCAGCAAAAUACAGGUUUAAAUUUGUCAAUAUUGUAUACAUCUAUUGACACUGUGGAUGAAUAAAAUAAGUGGGAAAAUAUUGAUAGUUACAGUAUCCCUGAGUAAAAUAUGGAUAGCUACAGUAUCCCUGAAGUGCAACGGCAAAUCAAAAAAACACGCCGGCAAAUUCAAAAACACAUCGGUAAAUCAAAAAACAACAGCAAAUUAAAAAUUACGGCCAAUCACAUAACAAAAAAACCCCACAACAAAUCAGAAAACAGCAAAUUAAUAAAACAAAUCACAACACAAUCAAAAAACAUUUAGGAACCAGAAAACGUAGGUACCAGUGAAAAAACUCAUUGCUGAUUGAACAAAUCGACGGGAAAUAGUGCACUCAUCGCUGAUUGGACAAAGCCACUAGACAUUGUACACUCAUUGUUGAAAAGACAAAAAAGACUUGACAGCAGGGAUGUGCCAAGUGGCAAUACAUUAUACUUCAAAAGCUCAGUUAUGUUUGUGUUUUUUUGCCAGUAAGUCCAGCCAAAAGUACAGUAUGUGCUAACGAUCUCUACCUCCCUGCAGUGUUUUUUGAUUUGUCAAUGUGUUAUUUGAAUUUUUUGUUAUGUAAUUUGCCAUUUUAUGUCGUGAUUUUGAAUUUGCUGUUCUUUGAUUUGCCGGAGUUUUGCACUUAAGAGCCACCAUAGAGAUAGCUGAUGUAUAUGGAGUAUUUUUAAUGUACUAACACGGGGGUCGGGAACUGUAUGUGGCUGAGAGAGUCAUGAACACCACAUAUUUUUAAAAUACAAGUAAUGUGUGCAUUUAAUGUAAUUUCAACCAUUUUAAAGUUAAUCUAAAUCUGUGAAUUCUUUUAAAUAAACGUUGUUAUGCUGUUGC